UAUGAGCAUCGCAUCUGCUUGCCCGGGACUCAGCCCGGAACAUCCGGCAAUCUUUUCGACAUGAUCAGUAAUUCGGAUUCGGCACUGAAAGGACCAAUGUGUGAAGUUUGUACGGAGCGCUUGCUUUCUGGCAUGGAUCAGCAUUUGCAAGAGUUGGAUGAGGAAUGCGCGCAGUACAACAGCUUGAUGCGUUCUCUGAAAGAACGACCAGAUACUUCGUUUUUGGAUAAAACUGCAUUGCGAGCAAAACUUUCCUCAAUGAAGAAUGAGGAAGCAUCGCUGCUGGUCGAAUCCAAGAAACUCGAAGCUGAGGAGGCAAAACUGGACAGAGAGCUGAACAAAAGAAAACGCGAAUUGUGUGCUGUUGAAAAACAAUGCACCAGCAUACUGUGGAAGACUUUUCGCGAUAACCACAGGUUCCAUUGUAAUUCUUAA